ACAAUGCCAAGAUGAUCGUGUUGUGGAUUACACUGCUUGUUCUUCAUCAAGGAUAUACACUCAUUCCAGUGAUCCCCGUUCAACUUGGUGAAUCUACAACCUUCAUAUGUGCUCGGUCUAAUACUGGUCUCGACCGAGGAGAAAUCCACUGGUACAAGCAAAGUGUUGGAGAUAAUCUGAAACUAAUUGUGACUCUGCUGAGAUCAGCACCUCAGUUUGCACCAGAGUUUUCUACCUCAAGAUGGAAAGUUAAUAGUGAUCACAAUUUCAGCAACCUGACUAUUUUGAGAACAAUCCAGGAGGACGAGGGAAUCUAUCACUGUGCAAUCAUUGAGUGGGCUGCCAAUUUUAAAUGCAGUUCAACAUUUUUGAUAGUAAAAGGAGACAGUCAGAAGACAUCAGACUACACUGUUGUUCAGCAGUCCACAGCAUCACAUUCAGUCCAUCCAGGAGAAUCACAGACUCUCCACUGUUCAGUCUUCUCUGACUCUGAGAACAAAACAUGUUCAGGAGAUCUGAGUGUGUUCUGGUUCAGACCUGGAUCAGAUAAAUCUCAUCCAGACAUCAUCUACACUGAUGGAAACAGACCUGAUGAAUGUGAGAAGAGAUCUGACACUCAGAAGAGCUGUGUUUAUCACUCCUCUAAGACCUUCAACUCCUCUGAUGCUGGGACUUACUACUGUGCUGUGGCCACAUGUGGACAGAUACUGUUUGGAAAUGGAAAUACUCUGACCAAUGAUGCUCAUUUACAAGCUGCACAGUCUCAGAUGAUUGCUCUGGUGGCAGCAAUAAUCUGCUUGGUCAUUUCUGUGAUUGUGAAUAUCGUUGUCAUUUGCCAGCGAAGAGCAGCACAGGAACAGUUCACAAAAUCCACCUCAUCACAAGGAAGACAUGACAAUUUGAGCCAACCAGUGUUUGAUACUACUGAAGGUGGACAUGAUCUGAACUACGCUGCGCUGCAUUUCUCUGGAAGGAAAGCUGCACGAGGAGAGAAGAAGAUGGAGUUGAAGACUGAGGAAAGUGUGUAUUCUCAAGUUAAAAGCUAAAUGUGAAUGUGUCUAUGAAAAACUUUAGAUUCGCUUAUAGUGCUGAUCUUUUCCAAUGAAAAUGAAUGAAUGCAAAUUCUCAAUUUUGUUGACAGCAAACUGUUUUUUGAAAAAAGACAAAAUCUCCUCGACCCCGUCAAUCUGCUGAAGGCUCACUUGAGAAAUGGGCUUAACGAUCAAAGAUGUGUUUAUUAUCAUUGUAUAUAAAAAUAUAAUGAAAUUCUGUUGGCAGUCUCUUACAGUAUUCAAACAAAUACAGAUGUAUAUACACAAAUAACAGCAGGAAUGUAAAGCACAGAAUAGAACUUGAGAUGUUGACAAAGCAGUUUGUUGGUUGACUGCGUUCCCUGAGAUGUUUACUUACAGUAGUUACUUCAUGUUUCUGCUGAUAUCAACCUGAUGAUCAGAUCCACGUGUCACUCUAAAAGCUUCUCUUCAGCUGAGAACGAUGACAGUUCAGAGACAUUGUAUUGUGACCCUCAAAAUUCAUUCAUUCAGGAAAUGUUUGUUUAUAUUUUUUAUCUGUUUAGUAAAAUAUUAUGAGCAGCAGGAUGCAGUUUGGCUGUAGUAAGCAUGAAGACUGUAACAGAAGUUGAAGACAAGAAAAUGUUUAAAAAUUUGCUUUGUAACAUUUAAUUUAAUUAAUUUCAGUUUGCUGACCAUUCAAGCUCCUGCAGAUUAUGUUUCAAACCAUACCUUUGAUUUUUGACUGGACGAAAUAGCUGAUUUCAGGAAAACAAUGAAAACAAGAAUCCUACUGAAAUAUUACUGGAAAAUGUAAUUCGAUUACUGUUGUGCUCAAAACUGUGUCCACAAUCUGAAGUUUACAGAAUCUGAAUCUGUACUGAAAUAAACUUCUCAGCACUGGUUAUCUAAUGGAGUUGGAUCAUUGGACGAAUAAAGUGGAUAAUACCAUCAGAGGUUGUU